CUGUUGUUCACACGUUUAUCUGCCCUCUCAUUGGCUAGAAUGGUCCCACCUGAUCUUGCCUCCUCUCGACUGCCUUCCAUUGUUGAAGACAUUUCACAUAGUUAGAGCGGCCACUUCAGUAUCUGGUCAAUAUGGAUCAUCUUUGGUUCCUUCCUCAUGUGUGGAUGAUUGAGGUCUGUGCUGCAGCUCGUUUGGUUGUUUUCUGUCGCGGCUGUGCACAUAAUGAUAUUUAGCGAUAUUUUUUCAGUCGUAACUGAGCAUGAUUUCUCAUCGCAAUGAUGCAAACGAUGGGGUGUCAUUACAAAAGUUCCUUAACAAAGCUGCAAAACAUCAACUAGCAGGGUUGAUGCCAGGAGCUAGCAAUGCUAACUAGCUAGCUGGUAACAUUAGCAUUUUUCACAAGUGUGUUUUAUCUAAUGUUACAUUCGAGUUAAAUAUAGUGAUAUGGCACAUAGGAAAGAAGUAUUCCAGUCUAAAGUUCUUCAGAGGCUGUACCCCUUACCUCCCAAGCCUGAGAAAGAACCCAACUCUUCACCCCCUGAGUUUGUUCUCGAAAAGUCCUCUGUGAAACAAAAAGUAGGCCUAGAGGAGGGCACUAUCACUGGAGAUGAAGGGAUAAUACCAUCCUCAACCCAGCCAGGCAGACGAAUGUACACAGUCGUAGCUCCCCCUGCAGAAUACAAGACAGGUGCAGAGGGAUCUGUCACGCUCUCUCAGCCAGCAUGCAUAAAUACUGUGGAAGACCCAGCUGAUGAGAAUACUCAUGAGUCUGAAGGAGAGGGAGAAAGACAACGACUGAGGAGAAAAAGAAGAAAGAGGAAGGGAAUAACAGCUCCAGGAGGAGGGACAGUCGCGGGACAGGCUACAGACUCCAACCCUGGGGAUCCAACCAUGGCUCCGACCCCCACGGAGAAGGAAGGAGAGUGGCUCAGCAAGAACAAGAAGAGGAAGCUAAAGAAGAAACGCCACAAAGAAAAGCUCCUGUCUCUGGGUCUGAUGCCCCGCGCUGCAGCUCUGGAGUUCACCUACCAGAGAGAGGGGAAUGGGCAGGAGGAUGAGGAUGAAGAGAUGAAGCAGAGAAGAGCAGCUGAAGUGAUGGACUUCCUAAGGACCACACAGGAGAUCUACGUGUCUGAUCGCUCAUUGCCUGCAGUCAGGCUCCAUGUGUCCUCAGUGGUAGUGGAGGGCCUUCUGACCAGUCUGUCCAAUGGAACAUUCCCCCCUCCUGUUUUGGCCCAACUCCACAGCCUCAAGUCCCUGGUGCAGCAACAGGACACUGAGAGGCUUGCCAAGGCUCUGCAAGAGCUCCAGAACAGCUCUACCAUGUCUCCUAGUGAGGCCACUGCAGUUGUGUCCUUAUUUCAAUACUGGAUCACAGACAUCCUGCCCCUGCAGAGACAGAAAGACAGGCCAACCAACAACACAACCUUCCUAGUCGAACCAACCAACAACACAGCUUAGACUUUCCUAGAUGUUCAAGGUUUUAAACAAUACUACUGAUGGAAAAUUAAUCUGAAUCAUACAUUGUGUGCCCACAACCACGACUGUUUGAGAAGACCACUACAUACAAACGUUCUUAAAGGUGCUACCUGUAGGAUUUUUUGUUUAAUUUUUGCAUUGUGAUUUCCUGAAAAUGUCCCUAAUAUAUCUGCAGUAAUAGUGGAAUGAUAGUAUUACUUACCCACCUUGUGACUGGCUGUGAUAUUCAACCUAUUGAUUUAUCCUGCCGGGCCGUCAUCUGUUGUCAAAAUAGGAAAGCUGUUCUGUCUUUGGCUGUGUUAUCUAGUGGAAAUCGGAUUAAGCGGCCAAUGUAGAAAUAACUUUCAUUUUUUUGGUCGCUAAAAUUGUACUCUCAAUUUCAGUUUGAGAGAAAACAAGCACUGAAUAGUGUAGGGAAUCAUUGUACCAUCUAAAUUGCAGUGAAAUGCAUUUUCAAUUACAAAAAAAAAUGUUUUAUAGCUGUUUGAAGCUAGUGGACCAAAACACAGUAAAAGGCUCACGCGCGAGGCUCUGCCAUGUUAUGGGUAAAUGGAUGCGGUGCAGGGGUUUGUUCUGAAUGCAGCCUAGUGCGUACCACUUUUUCCCCCCAUGUAUUUAAUAAAAUUUUUAUGCACACAUGUGAAGCUGUUAAUUAGGAGUGGAUAUGAAUGGAAAUCAAUUCGUGUCUGUGCGUAUUAAAACUUUUUGAUAUA